AUGGCUUUACCCAAUGUGGGAACCAGCAGAGAGAAGACGGUGGACAAGAGCAAGGAAGCCUUCAUGAAUCUGAAUAACGGGUACAGAUGUGACUGUGGCCCAGAAUGGACAGGUGUCAACUGCGAAACAGAUGUAAAUGAAUGCGACAUCAACGAUGGACAGGGUCCUUGUGACCCUCACAACGGGAUCUGCCGAAAUUUACCAGGAAGCUAUCGCUGCUGGUGCAAAAUUGGAUUUGAGCUGAAGGACGAUCAGCACGGGUGCAAAGAUGUUGAUGAGUGCCUCGACAACUCGGGAAGAGGUCCAUGUGAUCACAUCUGUACGGACAUGUUUGGGAGUUACCGCUGUUCUUGUAGAAACGGGAACGAACUAGGAGCUGAUGGCUUCUCAUGUGUUGAUGCUGAUAACUGUCGGUUUAACCCUUGUGAGAAUGGAGCAACCUGCCUUUCUGGAAGUGGAAACUACACUUGCGAAUGUGCACGCGGAUUCAAGGGCGACAACUGUGAAUUCGCUCCAUGCAGUGAGGACUAUGAACCACCUGAGCACGGGUCGGCCACGUGUGCUGAUGUUUCAACCGGCGGGAAAUUCUGCACGGUCACCUGUGAGGCCCAACACGACUUCGCCUGCCGACCUGCGGACGGUUACAGCUGUGACGAGGCGGGCAACUGGCACGAGGUCGGACGAUCAGGCUGCGCCGGUAGACUGAGCGAAGAUGCUCCGUGGCCAGAUUGUUCUCGGACAUAUCGUCAGGGGUUUCCUCGAAUGAAAAGCGAAGUAGAUUUCUACUACGACGGAGACUGUCAGAGCAAUAUUGCAAACAUCAUCCAGAUGUUCGACCGCCUUUUCAACACCCUCGGCGGAGCAGCAACGUCGGGAUCAGGAAGGUGCAACAUCGAAAACAUCAACGUCGCCUGUGGGGAGUCUGUUCGCUCAUCAACAGCAGCCAAGAACGCCCGAUCUGGCCGUGGCUUCGUUGUGGAGUUUGAUGUCGUCGCUGUUAGCACAUUGCCACCUGACCAGAUCACUGAAGCCGAUCAGUCUGACCUCAUGUUCCUACUUGGAGACACUACCUACGAAAUUGAAGACAAGAUCAACUUUGGAGAAUUCAGCAUGACCAUUGACGGCCAGAGGGCAGAAGGGGCAUCUUUUGCGAUGACUUCGCCUCCAGUAUACGAAGCGGACUGUCAAGAUGGACAAAUGACUGUGAUUGAGAACUUGUCAGCUUACUGCCUGGACUGCCCAAGAGGAACUUACAUGCCGGCUGACAACACCUCCUGUGUGAAGUGUGACUACCAGGAGUACCAGGACAAGGAGGGACAGUCUACCUGCAAGUCUUGUCCUGCUGGGACAAACGCCGUCUUCAGAGGGGCAAAGGACAUCAUGGACUGCACGGCCCAAUGUAUUGGAGGCGAAGCACCUUGCACAGACUGUCAUCUGGUUAGUGGAAGUUUCCGCUGCAAGUGUGCCGCUGGCUGGGCAGGCUCCAGUGAUGGACUGGUCUGUGGACGUGAUGAUGACAUGGACGGCUUUUCUGAUGUCUCCAUCUCGUGUGGGAAUGAGACCUGUAUCAUUGACAACUGCCCUGGUGUCCCCAACCCUGACCAACCAGACAUGGAUGGUGAUGGGAAAGGAGAUGCUUGUGACGAGGACAUCGACGGUGAUGGAGUCCUGAACGACCAGGACAACUGCCCUCUGAUCCCCAACCCAGACCAGAUCGACUCGGACGGUGAUGGAGUUGGCAGCAUGUGUGACAACUGUGUCUCCACACCCAACCCUGACCAGGCCAACAGUGACGACACCGAGGCUGGGGAUGCGUGUGAGAGAGCAUUGGAAGAUGUCAUCGCUAACCUCUGCGAGAAUCUACCCGAUGGGACCUUCCACGCCCACCCGUACGACUGCUCCAUGUACGUGCAGUGCCACCAGGCGGGACAUGAUGCUGUGUUCACCUGCCCUCCCGAUACUCGCUGGAGUCAGGAAGAGCUCACCUGUGCUAGUUGGGACCAGGUCACUUGUGACUAG